AUGGACUACAGAUACAUGUAUGUUGGUGCAUCUACUUCAGGCCAAAAUUCUCCGAAAGACGCUGGUGGUGGAAUGAGGCAGGUUGAAGUUCUCUGUGCUGCUGCUCAUGUUGCCAUUCGCGACACUCUGCGGAUGACCACAGAAAGGCUAGAGCUUUGGCAGUGCCAUGUCCUUCAUUACCAAAUUUCAGAUACCGAUGUUCAAUAUGCACUGGCGUGUUUUAAGAAAGCUGUUGAAGAGCUACUGAUGGGCAGUACUGAAUUCGAGCAUUUGGCAGAUACUACUACCAAGAACUCGUACGGGCACUAG